AUGCGCGGUCCUUCUUAUCUUUUGGUCCUUGGGUCUCUUGUUCAUUUAUCAUGUGCCUUCGAGACUACCCAGAACAAUACAGGACCUGUCCUUGGUCUUGAAUAUGAUUUCAUCAUUGUUGGAGGUGGAACAACUGGUCUCAUCCUAGCGGACCGUUUGAGCGAGUCUGGCGAUCAACGAGUGCUGGUCUUAGAAGCUGGGCCUGAUCCUAGUGUCGUAGCUAUGCACGAGGCACCUGGUGCUGUCGAAUACAUUGCGGGUACUGCAAUUGAUUGGAACUUUUACACUGAACCACAGGAGUAUCUCGGCGGGCGAAAGCUUGCCUACCACCGUGGCCGUGGUCUUGGUGGCAGCAGUAUCCUCAACGGCUUGUACUAUGGACGCGGUUCAGCCAAUGUCUAUGACCACUGGGUUGAACUUGGAAACCCUGGCUGGAGCUGGGAAGAGGUGUAUCCAGAGUUCAUAAAGGCUACCCAUUUCAACACGCCUAACAGUGGAACUGGGUAUAACCAGCGUUAUCAGACCUGGGACCCGGCGGCAUACUCCGAUGGCCCGCUAGAGAUUGAUUUCCAGGGUUUUGUUCCUCCUUCCAGUAUUGCUUUCAUUGAGGCUUGCGAAGCCGUGGACAUUCCCAUCGUCCGGGACUUGAACAAUGGCAAGAACGUGGGCGUCAAACAAGGUUCUGCUACCAUUAAUUCCAAGUAUCGACGUAGCUCUGCUGAUGACUACUACAAGGCUAUCAACAGCCGUCCAAACUUACUGAUUCUUCCUAAUUCGCCAGUACAGUCCAUUGCUUUCAUAAGGAAUGCCACCGGCACCCCGGUUGCAAGCGGCGUAGUCUUUAUCGACCACUCUCUUGGACGUCACCACGUCAUUUCAGCCUCUAAAGAAGUUAUUGUGACUUUAGGCACCUUUCAAUCUCCACAAAUGCUGAUGGUUUCGGGAAUUGGACCGAAAGCCACGCUUGAGGCCUUUGAUAUCGACCCAGUGGUAGUCAACAAAAACGUUGGCCAGCACAUGAUAGAUCACAACGUUUACAGCAUCUCAGCCACCGUAGUUCCCGAAGCCUCGACCCACUACCUCAUGUUUAACACCACCAAUGUUCAAGCCUCGCAAGAUGAGUACUACUCGAGUGGUAAAGGUGUCUACACAGCCCCUGAAGGCAUCACGAACGGAUUUCAGGAGUUGUCCGGCGAGCAGCUUGAAUCAAUUGGCGCCGGUGCGGUUGUUGAGGCAGGUCUCACCAACCGCUCAACCGUGGAGUUCCUCUUUGAGUCUUUCUUCUACCCCAACAGCCCCGGCCCGACAUACGAUCCUUCGGCAGAUGGGUCGUAUAUGUCCAUCACAGUUUCGAGCAUGUCAAGCGGCAUGUCAGAUGCUCCGAUUAUCAACCCCAACUACUACUCACAUCCCGCUGAUCGCGCCAUAGCGGUGAACGCCUUCCGCGACGCGAGGAAGAUUCUUGCUCACCCGGCCUUCGCCAACAUGACCAUCGGGCCGGACCACGGCGAAGCCAUCUUUCAGUACAUUCAAGCCACUACGGAUUUGCGGAUUGUUGACAGCAGCAUCAUGCCCACUGUUCCGGACGUCAAUAUCGCGGGGCCGCUUUACAUGCUAGGCGAGAAUGGGGCAAGACUGAUUCGGGAGGAUUGGCGCUUUUGA